CAUUGUGAAAGCAAAAACAAAAUUGAGAAACAAAAAUGUCGCGAAUUGCUUUAAAUCGUUAUAGCCGUUGUCUCUCGCGCCUUGUUAAGCCGUUGGCGCCUCCGCUGUUCUAUUCCUCUGCUGCGUCGAAUCGAGAUGGCGAAUGUCAGACAGGGCCGCCGCCGAUCCGAGUCGGACUCACUGAGUCAGCGGGUCGAGCUGUUUUCGCAACGCGUAGGAUUGGUGCUGGAGAUCUUAUACACACGGCGAAGCCCGUCGUAGCUUGCCCUUCUCUUGCUUCGCUCGACUCUGUUUGUUAUCUUUGCCUUAAGAAACUCAUGGGUUCUGCUAAAUUUCAAGAUCGUGGAGUCUCGUAUUGUAGUCAAGAGUGCCAAGAGAAUUCAAAGGGUUUUUAUGAUGUGGAAACAAGAGCAGAUUGGUCAAGCUUUGUUGAUUAUUGUAGGACGUACAACUUCAAGUACCCGCUUAUGGUCAAGAGGUUGUGUUGUAUGAUAAUAUCAGGUGCUCUGCCCGCUGACUGUCUUGACAUACUUCAACCUGCUGCUUUGUCUUCUGCGAUGAUUUCAAAGAUAGAAGACGGUUAUGGUUUGUUAUGGAAUGCCUUUAGGAAAGCAAAUUUCAAAGAUGACGAUGUUGCUUUUCUAACUAAACAAUGGUAUACGGCUAUACUCGCCCGGAUUCGUAUCAAUGCAUUUCGUAUUGAUCUGGUUGGAGGCUCGUGUGGCGAAGACCUUCUUUCACUGGCUGCAGCGUCUGUUGAAGGUGAAGGUGCAGUUGGCCAUGCCGUUUAUAUGCUACCAUCCUUCUACAAUCAUGACUGUGAUCCCAACGCCCACAUAAUGUGGCUGCAGAAUGCAGAUGCAAGGUUGAACACUCUACGCGAUGUUGAAGAAGGUGAAGAGCUUCGGAUAUGUUAUAUAGACGCCAGCAUGGGAUAUGAAGCGCGGCAAACAAUACUCUCUCAAGGGUUUGGUUUCAUUUGCAACUGCUUACGCUGCCAGUCCGGUGACUGAUUAAAUGUUCCUCUCUGCCCAUAGUCACUUUCUAUGUCUUUUAUGCAAUAAAAGCGACAAGAUGAGGAAUACAAAUAAAUAACAAAAGAAUUUUUAAAUACAAAAAUAAAUUCUAAAUGGUUUGAUUGGUUUCUGAAA